UAGAAAAUACCUGUUUAUAGGUAGGCAACUAAAAUAUUAUUAAAUUAUUAAAAUCGAUUUAAAAGUGAGUUUAGGGGUAUAUUAAAAAAUCAAGAACAUUAAUUGCGUUUAUUUGCAUUAGGUAAGUGCGUACUUUUAGGCGGAUAUUUUUAUGCAAGUUUGCUUUACAAAACAUUUACUUUAGACUGCUGUUUUUUUAAGUGAUCGCAAAAUUUACAUGUUUCUAAAACGAUUGUGAAUGUAAAGGGGCAAAACUGAAUGGCGGCGUCUCUGAUUGUUUUAUACGCACUUAUGUGUAUCGCAUUUUCUGCAGCUUCGUUAAAGGACAUUCCCGAAGUGACUCCCACAUUGGAGAAUUUUUUGCUUUCUCAAUAUGACGUUACCUGCUCGAGUCCUCCGACUAUUAAACACGGUAGGGCGUCCGUGGAACUUCGCCGAAGUGGAGAACAUGUCUUUCUUGUUACUUAUUAUUCCUGCAAGGACAAUUACAGCUUCAAACAUCCCGAAAAAAAUACACUCUACUGUGUGACUGGGAGCUGGUUUGGCUUUAAGCCCACAUGCAUCUUGAACCGGAAGAAGCAAAACAGAAGCAAAAAAAAAAACUGUAGAAUUAAUAAUGGCGGUUGCGCUCAUCUAUGUAACAAACAUACUCAUACUUGCGAAUGCUAUGAAGGCUAUACCCUGAAUACUGAUUUGAAAAGCUGCACAGAUAUCGACGAGUGCAAGGAAUCGAAUGGCGGUUGCGCUCAAGUUUGCAACAACCUUCCUGGUGAAUUCGUAUGCACUUGUACAAGUGGUUUUCAACUAGACGAGUAUAAUAAACGAAAUUGCUUAGACGUUGACGAGUGCGCCGAUCCCGAACUAUCUUGGGACUGUAACGCUGGAUGUGAGAACCUGAAUGGAACAUACAAAUGCCUUCCGUCGUUGGUGGGCAGAGUGGAAGCCACCGAUGGCGCUGGUCUCUCCACGGGUGAAAUAGUGUGCAAGUCCGGAUUCAAGCUGUCCGCCGAUGACAGUGAGUGCCAGGACAUUAACGAAUGCGAUUUGGAGGAUACAGAUCCAGAUACUGGGCGAGUGACUCAACGUUACUGCGAGCACAAGUGUGAGAAUACAAUAGGUUCCUAUAUCUGCCAUUGCCCACAAGGAUAUCAUCUACUCGAGGAUCGCCAGCGAUGCAUGUGGGAUGGCGCAAAAUUACCACCAACAAAAACUUCGCCGACCGUUAAGAAAUGCGGUUCCGGAUUUGAACUAUCUGCUAAUGGCAGCACAUGCCAGGAUAUCGAUGAGUGUAAGAAGAACCUGCACCAUUGCAGUCACAUCUGCAGCAAUAAAUGGGGUGGCUACUUGUGCUCGUGUCCCCGAGGAUGGAAGCUUAUAAACAACACCACCUGCAAGGAAACUCCAAGAGUAACCCAACCUUCAUACGACAUAUGCCCUCUAUUUAAGGAGCCAACCAACGGAAAGGCUUCCUGCCACAAGUAUCUCGAAAAUGGCUUCCACCACACUCGUUGCAACAUCACCUGCAACGCGGGUUAUGUGUUGCAGGGUUCACAAUUCGCCAGUUGUGGACGCACCGGACUUUGGUCUAGUCCAGAGGCCAAGUGUGUGGCUUCGUUAAAGGGCAUUCCCGAAGAGACUCCCACAUUGGAGCAUUUUUUGCUUUCUCAAUAUGACGUUACCUGCUCGAGUCCUCCGAUUAUUAAACACGGUAGGGCGUCCGUGGAACUUCGCCGAAGUGGAGAACAUGUCUAUCUUGUUACUUAUUAUUCCUGCAAGGACAAUUACAGCUUCAAAAAUCCCGAAAAAAAUGCACUCUACUGUGUGACUGGGAGCUGGUUUGGCUUUAAGCCCACAUGCAUCUUGAACCGGAAGAAGCAAAACAGAAGCAAAAAAAAAAACUGUAGGAUUGAUAAUGGCGGCUGCGCUCAUCUAUGUAACAAACAUACUCAUAGUUGCGAAUGCUAUGAAGGAUAUACCCUGAAUACUGAUUUGAAAAGCUGCACAGAUAUCGACGAGUGCAAGGAAUCGAAUGGCGGUUGCGCUCAAGUUUGCAACAACCUUCCUGGUGAAUUCGUAUGCACUUGUACAAGUGGUUUUCAACUAGACGAGUAUAAUGAACGAAAUUGCUUGGACGUUGACGAGUGCGCCGAUCCCGAACUAUCUUGGGACUGUAACGCUGGAUGUGAGAACCUGAAUGGAACAUACAAAUGCCUUCCAUCGUUGGUGGGCAGAGUGGAAGCCACCGAUGGCGCUGGUCUCUCCACGGGUGAAAUAGUGUGCAAGUCCGGAUUCAAGCUGUCCGCCGAUGACAGUGAGUGCCAGGACAUUAACGAAUGCGAUUUGGAGGAUACAGAUCCAGAUACUGGGCGAGUGACUCAACGUUACUGCGAGCACAAGUGUGAGAAUACAAUAGGUUCCUAUAUCUGCCAUUGCCCACAAGGAUAUCAUCUACUCGAGGAUCGCCAGCGAUGCAUGUGGGAUGGCGCAAAAUUACCACCAACAAAAACUUCGCCGACCGUUAAGAAAUGCGGAUCCGGAUUUGAACUAUCUGCUAAUGGCAGCACAUGCCAGGAUAUCGAUGAGUGUAAGAAGAACCUGCACCAUUGCAGUCACAUCUGCAGCAAUAAAUGGGGUGGCUACUUGUGCUCGUGUCCCCGAGGAUGGAAGCUUAUAAACAACACCACCUGCAAGGAAACUCCAAGAGUAACCCAACCUUCAUACGACAUAUGCCCUCUAUUUAAGGAGCCAACCAACGGAAAGGCUUCCUGCCACAAGUAUCUCGAAAAUGGCUUCCAUCACACUCGUUGCAACAUCACCUGCAACGCGGGUUAUGUGUUGCAGGGUUCACAAUUCGCCAGUUGUGGACGCACCGGACUUUGGUCUAGUCCAGAGGCCAAGUGUGUGGCCUCGUUUGCAACAAGUUGUCCAGUUUUGAAAACUCCCAGCAAUGGACGUUUCUAUCCGGAGAGCUGCAGUAGUGGCCCAUCCAAAUCACAAGCGGUUUGCAAACUGUUAUGCGAUCGUGGCUAUUCGCCCACCAUGGACGUGCAAAGGGUUUGCGUGGUUCUGUUUGGCUGGAUCGAAAGGAGGGGGCAAGCCAAUGGGACAAAAUAUGUAAAUUCCCAAUCCGACAAACAUGCCGAGCUCUGCGUGAAGGUUGCAGGUCUGCAUUAAAUUAUACUUUACAGUUGAUGAUAAAAGUUUCUACUAACAAUAAACUUAACAUGAACUGCUGCACUGAAACUCAGUUCCGAUCGGAAUUGAAAAAGCUAACUAUAGUUAGCCGGCGCGCCCAAAUGGGCUGAAAUAAUAGAAAAGAAGGACACAAAGAGGCUCCAAGA